AUGGUGAGAGUGGUGGGAGAAGAAGAGGAGAUGGAGGCGUCGAUAUGGGGGCGGCUCCCCGACGAGCUCCUGGAGCGGGUGCUGGCGCUGCUCCCCCUGCGCGCGCUCAUCUCCCUCCGCCGCACCUGCAGGCGCUUCCGAUCCCUCCUCCUCACCCCGGCCUUCCUCUCCCUCCUCCCCAACCACGCACGUCCUCGUCGUGCUUGUCAGUCGUCGUCGUCGUCGUUCUCCUCCUCGCCCCGCAGUUCCCCACCGCUUGCCCCUCUACGACCCCUCCUUCGAUCAUGGGCGCGCCCUCUCCCCUCCCUCCUCUCCUAUUUUUCCUCCGAGCGCCGCGCCUCCUCUCGCUCCUGCUCCUCCUCGAUCCACGCGACUCUCCACACCAACCAGCCCCUCCCGGCCGGCGGCGGACGAAGCGAACAAUGGACGAUCGCCGGCGCCACCCUUUCUCCCGCCGCGUCCCGCCGCCCGACGGCUACAAGCGCUUGUCCCGCCCAGGACCCCGCCCGGUGGUCUUCCUCUACGACUUCCGAGGCGACUCCUGCGGGCCUGUUCCCGAGCGCUUCGAGCGCCUCCUCGUCCCGUCGGCCGGCCACCGCACGACGAGGCGCGCUAUUACCGCGCGGCACCCUCUUUCGCCACCACGGAGCCCUGCCGUUAGUUCCUUCGACCUGGGCGCUCCAAGGCACCUGGUUCCCCCCCCGGCGCCUUUCGCCGCUCCCCCCCGCUCCCCGCGGCCUCGCCUUCGCGCUCGUCGGCCGGCAGGCGCGCGCGGGCGCCGGCGGCGCCGGCGAGCGGCUCUUCCUGGUGGGCGGCGUGGGGCGGGACGGGAUCACGCGGAGCGUGUGCGUGUGGGAGCUCCUCCCCCUGGGCGGCGGCGGCGGCGGGUGGCGGUGGGCGGAGGCGGGGCGGCUGCCGGAGAUGAUGUGUCGGAAGCUGGUGGGCGUGUGCUACCACAACUACGCGCACGUGUACUGCGCGUGGCACGGGGGCGGCGCCGCGGGAGCGGGUGGGGCGGCGGUGUGCGUCUGCUGCGCCACGUGGCCCGAGGUGCUCGCCUUCCGCGUCGGCCGCGCCACCUGGCACUGGCUCCCGCGCUGCCCGCUCCUCCGCGACAAGUGGAGCUGCGGCUUCCGCUGGUUCUCCUUCGCCCCCGACCUCUACGCCCUCGUUUAAGGUUUAAUUCAAUUCACUUCAAUCCAAUCCAAUUCAAUCGAUUGACUGAUUGAUUGACGAUGCCCACACACACAUUUUCGAUUUGUUAUUAUUAACUUCAAACAUUAUCAUCAUCAUUGUUGUUGUUGUUGCUGCUGCUGCAGCCGCCGCCAUUAGGCCCAUUACAUAUCUCUAUGAUUGUGUGAGUAUACAUAUACAUUAGCUUAAUAUAUUUAUUUCUUGCUUUUGAUAUGUGAUAUAUAUUUUUUAUUUUUUAAUUUUGGUGUAUAUUAAAGCAGAAGUUCGUUGUGGUGUGGAGCUCCUGGUGAGGAAAAAUUCUAGAAUGCAACGGGUAUAUUAGUGACGUGGCGUAACAAACCAAUCAAAUUAAUCCUUUUAAGAAUAUAUGUCCCAUCAUGAUUGUAAAAAAGUAUUUUUAUUGUACUUUUGUUUGAAAAGAAGGAAUGUGAUUGGCUUGUUAUUGAUGACGUGGUGCAAGUGUGACAGUGUAGAAUACCUCCCUGGUGAGGAGGGCUCUGUGUGAAUCGUUAGAUAAAAAGCAAAUAAAAUGUGAUCUGACGGUCCACUGCCAUCCUCCUUAAAUAGAAGUUCUCUAAUGAAGUUUU